AUGACUCCAAUAUUUGACACACUCGCUGUUUAAAGAAUAUCAUUUGUUCCAAUAUUAGUUUCCGUUCAAUUAAAAACUCAGCAAAUUCAAAACUUAACAAACUGGAGUUAACAAGCAACACUAUCAGAAGUAAGAAGUUGGUCUGAAGAAUCAUCUUCUAAAUCUUGGAUUUGGGUAUGUUUCCAGUUCACUAAUUUACCAACCGCUCUUAUUUCACUUAGGCUUAACUCAAUAAUGCCACACUCGAUCUUUAAUGUUAUCAGUUAACUUCUAGUAUUUACUGAGUCCCUAGCAAUUUUUUUACCCAUCGGGAAAAUUUAAUUCGCUCGUUCUCAAUAUAUUUUUAUCAUGUCACCAGCAGCGGUACGCAGAAGCCUUGGGUUCGAUUCCCGUUGAAGCCUUGUUAUUUGUUUGGGCUUAAUUUGCAAUUGCUUUAAUAGCGAUUAACACUGUCUUUGUUAUGUGGGAUUAAUUUGCAAUCGCUUAAAUUGCGAUUUCCACUUCGUUAGUCAUAUCUUCGUUUAGCACGUUUCUUGUCCGACAAUUCCUCCUGUUAGAUCUGACUAAGCGUAUGCACGGUUUGUAUUCUUUUCAAGAACACUCUUAAACCUCCUUGAUGCUCUAGAAUUGUCCCAUUGAAGAAAACCUCAUUUUCACCUAUGGACAGUGUUAUUAUGCUGAAUGAGUAUAUUUAUAGCAUAGUUUUUGUGUAACUAACAGUAUCUAAAAUGCCUUUAUUGCGACUUAGUUUGCGGCGUUCAGUGAUGUUAUCCAAUGGUAUUCUUAUUUUUUGAACCUCUUUAAAAGAAAUUUGCUUGAUUUAGAAUACAGGAAGAAAACUGAACCAGUUUUUGAAUAAUCAGGAGGAUGUAAAACUUGAGGGUGGAAAAAAAAUGGGAUUUUGCGGUCCGCAUUACUACGAAGGCUAGGCUCAAAGCCAAUCUUUCUAAAUUUUGCAGUCUCUUAGUUUUUUUUUUUUUUUUCAGCUGAUGUUUUUUUCCUGUUAUUUUUAAGCGGCUUUCUCCCUGUCUGGUUGACAUCGCCAUGAGACUCUCAGCCUUAUGCGCCGUGCUUAGUCUUUUGGUAGUAUUGUUCUUGAUCUCAGAAGUGACCUCAUGCUACGUAAAAGUCAAUGGUUGCUCUAUACCAGGAAAACUUCCAUUCUUCUACAAGAGGACAUUUAGAAAUGCUUGCAACAAACACGAUGUCUGCUACUACUGCGUAAGACUUGCUUCAUUUUCUUACUAAAAAAGGAUAGCUUAGGGACAAGUCCAAACGAAUCUGGAUGCGCUGAAACCGCAUACUUGAUAUUUGCGUCAACACGGUGUGGAGUAUCCGGUUUGGAUUCACACGUCCACACGAAUACGCUACUGCGAUAUGUACAUUUGCUAAUUACUGACUAAUAGCCUAAAAGGUGUUUCACCUGCCCUGGCGAAGACGUUUCGUUAUCUUAUUUUUUGCUCUGAGUUUUGAAAUUUUCUCUACUAAAUGCUAGCUGGUAGGUUUCCGCAAAUCGAGCCCGAAAUGUGAUUUCACGGCAUUUUUUUUAACACGAAAGUUUUCAUUUAAGACUGGAUCCGAGUUUAUGAGGUAGCCAACUCCAAAUGGCCGCUUUCAGUCGUCCACACGAAUUCACCAAACCCGUCGGAUCCAGAAAAAUCCACUCCGGAAAGCGGUUUCAGAAAUAUGCGGUUCACUGGUUUCGUAUGGACAGAUGGCCGAUUCGUGUAAAACAGUAUGCGGUUUUAAAAGUAUCUGGAUUCGUAUGGAUGCGGCCUAACUAGAGAUAUUAGCUGUGGUCACACUACAGACUUUUUUUACCUAGGUAAAUUCGACUUGUUGACAGUUUACCUAGGGAAACUUGAUUUUUAAAGUGUGACCGAUUUUUCCCUAGGUAACUUACCGCGGGGAAAUUUUAUCGUCUGGGGCUUGGAUAUGUCUCGAGAACAAAAGAGUUUCCCUUGACAGCUACCCCAAAGCAAUAGCUAGGGAAAACUGAAAUACCGAGGUUGCUAGCCAAUCGACGCUCAUCGACGAAGGUCUUGAUGACAGAAACAGACAUAGCUCACGCUGUGAAAGAAAUUUUGGGGACACGAGUGGUCUACGUCUUCGGCUUUCUUCACCUUGCACGUUGAAUUAGCGUAAGAAAUAACAGCAAGAUAAAAGAAAAAAAAGCGUCUCUUUGGUCAGCUCCAUCCCUGGGCAUCUUGCCCUCUUAAAUUUACGCUCCAAAAAAUUCAACUGGCGUGAAAACCUUGGGAGCCGAUAUCAGUAGUGUGACCUUCCCAGAAUUUUUCACCUAGGUAAAACAAAACCCGAGAUGAAUUUACCUCGGGAAAUUUUUUAUGAAUUUACCCUAGGUAAAUUGUUUUUACCUAGGUAAAAGUCUGUAGCGUGACCAUAGCUAUUAUCAUUUUCAUGCUUGCAUACGCCAAUCCAGAGCAAAAGAUAAAUCAAUAUACCCGCAUUAUGUCAUACAACAUACGCAAAUGAAUAAAUUAAUAGUGGAAUGAAUCUAAUAUAUGUUGCCACCAAAAUACAGCUAUAUCGUAAAUAUCUUUGAGUUGCCAAGUAGAGAAUUGGAGCUAAAAUGAUUAACUCUUCAAUGUUUGGCGAUUUUUACUUAUAUAAUUCAUUGAAUACUGAAGAGCGUUUUUAUCGGUCGAUACCGAUGUCAGCUGAGAACAUACACACGACUAAGUUCAUACAACAAAAAAAAUUAUUUUGUCGUUAUUUUUUCCCUCUUGUCUUGUACGCGUCGCCCCAUGUUAGGGAAUCCGAAUUCCGGGAAUUUUCGCACAUAGAAACCGGAACGUUUUUAUCUAUCGCGCUGUUAAAAUCUGGAACAGCCUGCCGGACAACAUUGUUGCCUUAUAAAUGACACGGGAAUUCAAUCUUUUAAGAGCCGGUUGCACAAGUUCCUCCUGCAAUGUUGACUGGAAAUGGAACCUGCUGACUGCUUAGUUCUAAACUUUUUCAUUUUUUUCUUUUUCUGUUGUGUAAGCUGCUGCGAACCACUGAUUGGUCCAUGAGGCAUCAAACGAAGUAAAUUUUUUCUCUAUAUUUGAACUACACUGUAAAUACUUGUACUUCGCCUUUUGGGCUAUUGUUCGCUCUACCGUGUUAUAUAUAUCUCUCUGAUUUCGUUAAAACGUGGCCACUGGAUUUUCGCCUGGCAGUGGGCUCAGCCCGGCUCCAGGCCAGUCCGGUGCCCAAAAAUGUAGGGGGCUUGACGCCUUGGUCGGUACAGCUUGAUAGCCCAGGGACUGCCCUAACAGUGGGUCGGUGGAUCAGGCCUUGGGGUCAAAACUAAAGGGGUAGGGAGGGGGCUGUUUUGACAUAACCCCUUCAGUAAGCAGCAGUGUUCGGUGGGUCAGGCCUUGGGGUUAAAACUAGUGGGGUAGGGAGGGGGCUGUUUUGACAUAACCCCUUCAGUAAGCAGCAGUGUUCAGUGCAGGCUUUGACUGGCGAGUACCUUGGCCUUAAUUUGCCCUAGCCAGCUGAAUCAGGACUCUGCUGAGAAUGAUUAUCAUGAUAAAUGCAGAGCUCAGUGGGAGGUGCAAACAGUCACCCAUUGUGCUGGGUGGGGAGGGUCAAAGUCUUGGUACCAAGGACGCACUUAGCAUAGGACAUUUAGACACUCACUGAAGCCAUGUUUUCAUAAAUCCAGUCAGAUAUAUAGAGAGAAAAUCAUAGAAUCGGAAGGGUUCUGUCAAUUGAAAAGAAAGAAUCUACAUUGUAUUAUGCAUUUUAACGUGACAUUUGUUCGACAACCGUUUGACAUUAUCUGCACAAAAGACGGUAAUUCUAGCUCGUUACAGUGAAGGAGUCGCAUACUUCAUCCUACUGGGUUAAAGGAUCAGUUCUUAUAAUCGAAAUGAUCCUUUGAGUGCCUACACAUUAAAAAUAAUGUAGAAGAACAAAACUUAGUUUGAAGUUCUUACCGUUUUUUAAAUUCAGGGUCGACAUUAUAAAUGGAGGCGACUCCAAUGCGACAAAGCAUUUCAGCGCGACAUGAAAAAGGUGUGUAGCAACAAGUACCGCAAAGGAUGGUUGCGCAAGACCAGGCGCAGGACAUGUAUGACGAUUGCAGACGUCUACUACCGGGCAGUUAGAAUUGGUGGGGCUUUUUACUUUAAAAACCCGACACCAUCAUGGUGCCUACCUAGCUGCGCAAAGGAUCGUGGUAAUCCAACCAAAAGUCUUUCGCGCAGUGGUUAAUACCAUACAAGAACGACAAACAAGAAUAUUGUUAACAGUAAAGGAAUGUUCGUUAACUGAAAAUCAUAAAAUGCACUUUGUAAUACGGUCCCAUGUUAGAAAUAAGCAUGUUAAAACUAAAUAAAAGCCUCCAAAGUAUUUCCCGGGAAAGAGUGAAGCAUAUGU